GAAGUUAGCUUCGUGACGCUGUAGCUGUGUUGAUGACUGGACAUUCGUACUUUUUAUCUUAAAUUUCUGUACUAAAACAAUAGUUACUUUAAUAUUGAAUAGUAUCUUAUUAUAUGUUCCUAUGCUUUUUGUACUUAAUAUAUUAAAGUCUAGUCAAAUAUUUGGAAGAAGAGUAAAAAUAGCAAAAACAGCAGUUAUAUAUCGAGGUUAUCAAAAACCAAGUAGAGUCAUGGCCUUUAAAUAUCCAGAUGUUAACCGAGAUGAAUCAAUAGUUGACAAUUAUUUUGGUGUUGAUGUAAAAGAUCCAUACAGAUGGCUUGAAGAUCCAGACUACGAAAAAACUCAGGCUUUUGUAGAUGUGCAAAAUGCCAUAACAAGACCUUACAUUGAUAAUUGCCCUUAUAAAGAAAAAAUUCGUGAGAGAAUUACCAAACUGUGGAAUUACCCAAAAGUUUCCGUCCCAUCACGACAUGGAGAUAAAUUUUAUCAACACAGAAAUACUGGGUUGCAAAAUCAAAGUGUCAUCUAUGUUCUGGCCGAUUUAAGUAGUGAAGGAAAAGUUUUUCUUGACCCCAAUACAUUUUCCGAUGAUGGCACAGUGGCUUUAUCCAGUUCUGCAUUUUCUGAGGAUGGUAAAACCUUUGCUUAUGGACUCAGUUCAAGUGGAUCUGACUGGAUUGAAAUUAAAUUUAAAGAUGUUGAAACUGGUGUUAAUUAUGAUGAGGUUUUAAAGAAAGUUAAAUAUUCUUCACUUACCUGGAUGCAUGAUAAUAAAGGAUUCUUUUAUGGGGCAUACUUGGAUCAAAUUGGUAAAGCUGAUGGUUCAGAAACAAAAUCAAGUGAAAAUCAAAAACUGUAUUACCAUUAUUUGGGCACUGAUCAAUCUAAAGACGUUGUCGUUGUCGAGUUUGAAGAUCCGCAGCUUAGAAUGGGCGCUCAUGUAUCAGAUUGCGGGAAAUAUUUAAUGGUAACUCCCAUCAAGGGCUGCAAAAAUAACUUAUUGUACUAUGCCAAACUAGAAAAUAACGAAAAAAUCACCAAAAAGCUGGAUUUAAUACCAAUUGUUACUGAAUUCCAAGCUGAUUAUGAAUACAUUACAAAUAAUGACAGUAAAUUUAUUUUCCGUACAAAUAAAAACGCACCAAACUACAGAAUAGUAACAAUAGAUUUAAAUAAACCUGAAGAAGCAUCAUGGACGGAUUUAAUUCCUGAGCAUACUAAAGAUGUUCUUGAUUGGGCUCAUGUUAUCAAUAAUAACAUGUUGGUUGUAUGUUACUUGCAGGAUGUUAAGAAUGUAUUGCAAAUUUAUGAUUUGAACACAGGCAAAAAGCUGCACGAUUUUAAAGUUGACGUUGGAACGAUAGCAAGCAUAUCUGGAAAACGAAAGCACACAGAGAUGUUUUACAGCUUUGUUUCGUUUUUAACGCCCAACAUUAUUCAUAAAGUUACAUUCGAUAAGGAGAUAACUGACACGGUGUACCAUGAGACCAAAGUCGGCGAUUUAGAUUCGUCCGCCUACGAAACCCGGCAGGUGUUUUACAAGAGCAAAGACGGAACGGAAAUUCCCAUGUUUAUAAUAAAUAAAAAGGGGGCUUCGAAAGAUGGCAACCAGCCGUGCUUGUUGUACGGCUACGGGGGUUUUAACGUGAACCUAACGCCAUCUUUUAGCGUUUCCCGGCUAAUUUUCAUCAAUCAUUUUAACGGGAUAUACGCCCUAGCUAAUAUAAGAGGAGGAGGAGAGUAUGGCGACAAAUGGCACAACGGCGGCAGAUUCGAAAACAAGCAAAACUGCUUUGACGAUUUUCAAUGCGCAGCAAAAUAUUUGGUGGAGCAAAAAUACACUGGCGUCAAUAAGUUGACCAUUCAGGGCGGUUCAAAUGGAGGUUUAUUGGUGGCUGCCUGCAUCAAUCAGGCACCUGAAUUGUUUGGAGCGGCUAUAUGCCAAGUGGGGGUUUUAGAUAUGCUGCGGUAUCAUAAAUUCACCAUUGGAUAUGCCUGGAAAUCGGAUUAUGGGUGUUCAGAAACAGAGGAGCACUUUAAUUACUUGUACAAGUAUUCGCCGCUGCAUAAUAUCAGAGUUCCCGAUAAUGACCAGCAAUAUCCUGCUACUCUGCUCUUAACAGCUGAUCAUGAUGAUCGUGUUGUGCCAUUGCAUUCCCUCAAGUUUAUUGCUCAGCUGCAGCAUCAACUCGGCAAGAUUCAAACGCAAACGAAUCCUUUAAUGAUAAGAAUUGAAACUCGAGCUGGACAUGGAGCUGGAAAACCCACAUCAAAAAUUAUUGAUGAAGUGACAGACAUCUUCUGCUUCAUAUCCAAAUCUUUACACUUGGACUUCAAUGAAGAAUAAUACCAUCAAAUAUACCAAAUCACCUGAUCAAUAAGAUUAUCAACCAUUAUCAUACAUAUAUUGUUUUUUUUAACUUACUGCAGUAAUGAAUUGAAUACCUAAUACACAUAAUUGAAUUGAAUUGUAAAAUUAUAUUAAAAAAUAUCAAGGAUAUAUCUAUCUGUUGUUAAAAAAAAAU